AACACUGUGGACAGCUUGCGCCCGAACGCCAUCUUAAAACGAGAGGGGGUUUAAACAGGGAGAAAACAGGGGGGAAAAGGGGUUACUAGUGGAGAUAGACUGUUAUUUCCGUGUAUUUCUAUAAUCUUCGGGCCUCUCUGUUACAAUACCGGAGAUGGCUUUGCGCGUUUUAAAAUAAAGGCGCAUACGAGAGGAGCUCGGGAAGGUACUUGUUAGCCUGUAGCCUGCUAGCAAGGGGGAGGGGGUUAGAGUUUUUUUUUCCGCACCCGGAGUUGUUUGUUUAUGUUAUUCCAAACGGACAUGUCCUCUUCAAACCCAGAGUUACCAGACCCAAAUCUGGGUAUGGGGGCAAGUGGGACCCAAGCAGGUGGUGGGGCUGUUGUACCAAAAGGGACGAACAAGAGAAGAGCAGCGCCAGACUUUGACGAUGAUGAUGAUGAAGGCAGCAAGUUGUUCAGGUGUGACGAUGAAACAACAGGCUCCAACAAUGACAAAGAGCGCUUUGCCAGGUUUUUGGAAGAAGAUCAGAGUUUUGCAGAUAAGGAAAAACUAGCCAGAGAGAAUCACAGUGAGAUUGAGAGACGGAGACGGAACAAGAUGACUGCCUACAUCACAGAGUUGUCAGACAUGGUGCCUACCUGCAGUGCACUAGCACGGAAACCAGACAAACUUACCAUCCUACGAAUGGCUGUGUCCCAUAUGAAAUCUCUGAGAGGAAGUGGCAAUACAAAUGCAGACGGGUCGUACAAACCUUCGUUUCUCACUGACCAGGAACUGAAGCACCUCAUUCUAGAGGCAGCAGACGGCUUCCUGUUCGUGGUGUCAUGUGAGACUGGACGCAUUGUCUAUGUCUCUGACUCCCUGACACCCGUCCUCAACCAGCCACAGUCUGAAUGGCUCGGCUCCUCUUUGUAUGAUCAGCUCCACCCAGAUGACACAGAAAAGCUCAGGGAGCAGCUCUCGACUGCAGAGAGUAACAGCACAGGGAGGAUGUUGGACUUGAAAACUGGAACAGUAAAGAAGGAAGGCCAGCAGUCGUCAGCCCGAAUGAGUAUGGGAGCCCGUCGAUCAUUCAUUUGCAGAAUGAGGUGUGGCUCUUGUGCGGUGGAACCGUUGUCGAUGAACAGACUCAACUUCCUUAGGAACAGGAACAGGAAUGGUUUGGGUACAGCCAAGGAAGGGGAGCCCCAGUAUGUAGUGGUCCACUGUACAGGAUACAUCAAGUCCUGGCCGCCUGCAGGAGUAUCAUUAACAGAUGAUGAAGCAGACAACACUCAGGGGAGUCGCUACUGUCUAGUUGCCAUCGGUAGAUUACAGGUGACUUGUUGCCCAGGUGACACAGACAUCAACAGUAUCAGUGUACCAGUGGAGUUCAUCUCUCGCCAUAACUGCCAGGGCAUGUUCACCUUCAUAGACCACCGCUGUACGGCUGCUGUCGGCUACCAGCCCCAGGACUUACUGGGGAAGAAUAUUCUGGAGUUUGCCCAUCCUGAAGACCAGGGCUUACUGAGAGACAGUUUCCAACAGGUGGUGAAGCUGAAGGGCCAGGUCCUGUCAGUGAUGUUUCGGUUUCGCACUAAAUCCAGAGAAUGGAUCUGGAUGAGAACCAGCUCCUUCACCUUCCAGAACCCGUUUUCAGAGGAAAUUGAGUACAUCAUCUGUACCAACGUCAAUGUCAAAAACUCAACACAGGACCCCCUCACUCCCAUCUCCUCCCCAGGGGGUUCGCUGCCCCCCUCCCUGGGCCAGGGCAGCCCAAACUGCCCUCCUGUAGUGCUCAGCCCAGGGCAGGUGGCCACCAGGCAGUUACAGCAGCAGCAGCAACAGGCUGAGCUAGAGGGAGGAGGAACCAGAGACGGCAUUUACGAGGCAGGACCAAUCACCCUCUCACAGAUGCCAGUGCAGCCCGUGACUGCAGCAGGGCCGGACCACACUAAGAGCCUUGAGAAGCCAGAGCUCUACCCCUCCCUUUUCCAAGCCCCCGAUCAGACCAAGGUCUUGCCCUCCACCCCUGCUCCCUCUACACAGAUCUACUCUCCAGCCAACAACUUCACUUCUGGUCGUUCCAAUGAUGUAUACAGCAGGCCAGUCAACAUGAAUUCGCAGAUUACUCCACAGAUGGCACAGCCGGGCCACUCGGCAGGGCAGAUGCUGGCUCAGAUGUCUCGGCAGAAUGGAGGCCAACACUCAGUGACCCCCUCCAGCAAUGGUGCCCCCCUACAUGGAGGACCAGCAGGAGGAGGAUGGCCUGGAGUGGCAGCUGGAGCCAGGCCACAAUUUAAUAACCAGCAGGUGGCUCCCCAGGCAGCAAAGACCAUGUCUCCACCGUUUGCUCGCAUGGGCGGAUUUGGAGGUGGCUCUUCCAACUCUUUUGAACAGAUGCCCACAGGUGCUUCUCCCACCACGACCAGCAGUGCAAACUACCCGCCCAUGAAUGUGCGUGCCAGUCUAAACACCAAUGGUUAUGAUGGCUCUCAGUCAGCGCCACAGUUCCCCCCUCGAGGAGCGGAGGCAGUGUGGCCCCAGUGGCAGGGCCAGCAGCACUCACAGAGUAAUGCAGAGCAGCAUCCUCAUUCUCAGGGCAACCAGCAAGACAUGUUUCCUGAUGUGUUGUCCAUGCUGGACCAGCCUGCAAACUUCAACAGCGACGAUUUUGAGAUUCCCAUCUACCCUCCAUAUACUGAGUGACCUGGUCUUUACUUCUCUGCUUUGUCUUCUUGACUGUCUUCAGUCUUUUAUUAUAUUUAGCUCUUCGGCUCAUCUUCUCCUCCUGCUCCUGAGAGUAACACACUUCCCUUGCUUUGCAUGGCUUCAAUUGCACUGCCACAAGCCAGUUGAAGAUAGAGGUAUGUAUCUGACUGCAGAUAUAUAGGGGAGGAAAAUCAAGGAUUUGCUACUGACUAAAAGAUAAUAAAGAUUAUUCUAACCAUA